CCGCCCACGUGUGCGGAGAUUUAAAAGUUGGCGGCGCACGAGGCGCUCAGUUCGGUGUCCCGGCCCCGCGAGCAGCGCUUCAGGGACGCAGGAGGCACGGCCAGGGCACCGGGUGGAGCACCGGCUCGGCGAGGCGCAACGCAGGGUCCCUAAGAGCUAGCCGUCCGCAACCACCGAGAUGCUGCGAACAGCGAGCCACCGCCCCAGGUCGCCCCCCGGACAGGUGGGCGCGGCGUCCCCGCUCCUGCUGCUGCCGCUGCUGCUCGCCUGCUGCGCGGGCGUCUGCCGAGGUGCUCCAGUAUUACCUCAGGGAUUACAGCCUGAACAAAAACUACAGCUGUGGAAUGAGAUAGAUGAUGCUUGUUCAUCUUUUCUGUCCAUUGAUUCCCAGCCUCAGGCAUCCAAUGCACUGGAGGAGCUUUGCCUUGUGAUUAUGGGAAUGCUACCAAAGCCUCAGGAGCAAGAUGAAAAAGAUAAUACUAAAAGGUUUUUAUUUCAUUAUUCGAAGACACAGAAGUUGGGCAAUUCAAAUGUUGUGUCGUCUGUCGUGCAUCCGUUGCUGCAGCUCGUUCCUCGCCUGCAUGAGAGAAGAAUGAAGAGAUUCGGAGUGGACGAAGAAUUUCAAAGUCCCUUUGCAAGUCAAAGUCGAGGAUAUUUUUUAUUCAGGCCACGAAAUGGAAGAAGGUCAGCAAGUUUCAUUUAAAAUGGAUGCCAGCUAAUUUCCCACAGAGCAAUGCUAUGGAAUACAAAAUGUACUGACAUUUUGAUUUCUUCUGCAAAACAAUCCUUGCUAAGUUUACUCUGUUGAAAAUCCCUGUGUUGCCAGUGUGUUCUCAGUUGUAACAAUGUUAUAAAUGUUUAAUUUGUUGAAAAUAAAAA